CGGAUCGGCGAGGGAUUGUUAGCCAAGAUGGCGGUGGCGGCUUCCGCGGCGAGGGUCUGGGGGUCAAGUCGAGGCUUGGGCCGGGUUGGCCUCCUCCUUCUGCGGCGGUCAGGGGCUCGUGGGCUGGCUAGAUCACAUCCCCAGAGGCAGCAGCAGCACUUCUCGUCCCUGGAUGACAAGCCCCAGUUCCCAGGGGCCUCAGCGGAGUUUAUAGACAAGCUAGAGUUCAUCCAGCCCAAUGUCAUCUCUGGGAUCCCCAUCUACCGCGUCAUGGACCGGCAGGGCCAGAUCAUCAACCCCAGCGAGGAUCCCCACCUGCCCCAGGAGAAGGUGCUCAAGUUCUACAAGACCAUGACGCUGCUCAACACCAUGGACCGCAUCCUCUAUGAGUCCCAGAGACAGGGCCGGAUAUCCUUCUACAUGACCAACUACGGUGAGGAGGGGACGCACGUGGGGAGUGCAGCAGCCCUGGACAGCACGGACCUGGUGUUUGGCCAGUACCGGGAGGCAGGUGUGCUCAUGUACCGGAACUACCCCCUGGAACUGUUCAUGGCCCAAUGCUACGGCAACGUGAGCGACCUGGGCAAGGGGCGCCAGAUGCCCGUCCACUAUGGCUGCAGGGAGCGCCAUUUCGUCACCAUCUCCUCUCCACUGGCCACGCAGAUCCCUCAGGCGGUGGGGGCAGCCUACGCGGCCAAGCGGGCCAACGCCAACAGGGUCAUCAUCUGUUACUUCGGAGAGGGCGCGGCCAGUGAGGGGGACGCCCACGCCGGCUUCAACUUCGCAGCCACCCUCGAGUGCCCCAUCAUCUUCUUCUGCCGGAACAACGGCUAUGCCAUCUCCACGCCCACCUCCGAGCAGUACCGCGGGGAUGGCAUCGCGGCUCGAGGCCCCGGAUAUGGCAUCCUGUCCAUCCGCGUGGACGGCAAUGAUGUGUUUGCUGUGUACAACGCCACCAAGGAGGCCCGGCGGCGGGCCGUGGCGGAGAACCAGCCCUUCCUCAUUGAGGCCAUGACCUACAGGAUCGGGCACCACAGCACCAGUGACGACAGCUCAGCGUACCGCUCAGUGGAUGAGGUCAAUUACUGGGACAAGCAGGACCACCCCAUCUCCCGGCUGAGGCACUACCUGCAGAGCUGUGGCUGGUGGGACGACGAGCAGGAGAAGGCCUGGAGGAAGCAGUCCCGCAAGAAGGUGAUGGAGGCCUUUGAGCAGGCCGAGCGGAAGCUGAAGCCCAGCCCCAGCCUGCUCUUCUCAGAUGUGUAUCAGGAGAUGCCUACCCAGCUCCGCAAGCAACAGGAGUCUUUGGCCCGUCACCUCCAGACCUAUGGGGAACACUACCCCCUGGAUCACUUCGAGAAGUGA